GUUGACAGUCACAGCGUCUGGGGAAUGAGCCAGUCUGAGAGCAGGUCCAAGGACCUCCUAGUGCAAAGAUGCUCCUGCCGCUACUCUUGGCCCUGCUGUGGGGCGGGUCUCAGGCUCAGGACCCAAGAUUCUCACUGCAAGUGCAGAAGGUCGUGAAGGUGCAAGAGGGCCUGUGCGUGCAUGUGCCCUGUACCCUCUCCUACCCCCAGAUAGGCUGGAGGGAUGAUACCCCAGCUUUCGGCUACUGGUUCACAGCUGGGUCAGACUCGGCCAUCGGAAGGCCGGUGGCCACAAAUGACCAGUAUCGAGAGGUGCAAACUGUGCCCCCGGAUCGAUUCCAGCUUAUUGGCGAUCCCAAGAGUCAGAGUUGUUCCUUGCUCAUCAGAGAGGCCCAGGUGGAGGACACAGCCAUGUACUUCUUUCGGGUGGAAAGAGGCAGACACGUGCAAUACAAUUUUGUGAGAAACCAGUUCUCUCUGCAAGUGACAGCCCUGACGCAGAAGCCAGAGGUCUUCGUCCCAGAGGUCCUGGAGUCGGGGCGCCAGGUGACCCUCAUCUGCGUGUUUAACUGGGCCUUUGAGGAAUGUCCAGCCCCUACUUUCUCCUGGAUGGGGGCCGCCGUCUCCGACCAAAGGAGCAGACCAACAUCCUCCUACUUCUCCAUGCUUAUUCUCACACCGAGGCCCCAGGACCAUGGCACCCACCUCACCUGCCGUGUAGAGUUCGCUGGGAAGGGUGUGAGCACAGAGAAAACCGUUCAACUUAAUGUUGCCUAUGCUCCCAGAAACCUGGUGAUCAGUAUUUCCCGUGACAACACGUCAGCCCUGGAACCCCAGGGUAACAGCCCACAUCUAGAGGUUGAGAAAGGCCAGUUCCUGAGACUGCUCUGUGCUGUGGACAGCCAGCCCCCGGCCACACUGAGCUGGGCCUUGGAGGACAGAAUCCUCUCUUGGUCCCACCAUCGGGGCCCUGGAACCCUCGAGCAGCACCAGCUGGUGCUGCUCGGGGUAAAGCCUGGGGAUUCGGGCCGCUACACCUGCCGGGCGGAGAACAGGCUUGGUUCCCAGAGCCGCACCCUGGACCUCUCUGUGCAGUAUGCCCCAGAGAACCUGAGACUGAUGGUCCUGCACAAAAAUAGGACAGUCCUGGAAAACCUCGGGAAUGGCACAUCUCUCCCAGUCCUGGAGGGCCAAAGCUUGCAUCUGCUCUGUGUCACCCACAGCAACCCCCCAGCCCGGCUGAGCUGGGCCCAGGGGGGACAGACUCUGAACCCUUCGCAGCCUGCAGACCCUGGGAUCCUGGAGCUGCCUCAGAUACAAAUGGAGCAUGAAGGAGAACUCACCUGCCGAGCUCAGAACUCGCUGGGCUCCCAGCACGUCUCCCUGCACCUCUCUGUGGUCUACCCCCCGCAGCCGCUCAGCCCCUCCUGCUCCUGGGAGGGCAAGGCGCUGCUGUGCACCUGCUCUUCCCUCGCCCGCCCAGCCCCCACCCUGCGCUGGCGGCUGGGGGAGGGGCUGCUGGAGCAGAACCACAGCAAUGCCUCCUUGACCAUCACCUCCAGCUCUGAGGGGCCCUGGGCCAACAGUUCCCUGAGCCUCCGUGGGCCCCUGGGCUCUGGCCUCAGACUCAGCUGCGAGGCCUGGAAUAUGCACGGGGCUCAGAGCGCCGCCCUCCUGCUGCUGCCAGAUAAGGGGCUCGUCUCAAAAGCAUUCUCCAACGGAACAUUUCUGGGAACUGGCAUCAUGACCUUUCUUUUCCUCUGCCUCCUCCUGGUCAUGAAAAUUCUGAGGAAGAAACAGACCCAGGAAGGGACUCCAGACCAGGCAGGGAUCCCUCCAAGGCCCAGGGCCACACGGAGAAGUACGAUCCUGGAUUACAUCAACGUGGUCCCUAACUCUGGCCCCCUGGCUCAGAAUCGGAAAGCCAAACCAAGCAGCCCUUCUCAGGCCCCUCCUCCGGGUUCCCUGGACUGUAAGAAGAACCAGAAGGAGCUACAUUUUGUUUCCCACACUAGCCAAGGACCCAGAUCAUUCACUCAAGCCUCAGAAUCAAAUAACCUAGAGGAGCUCCAUUAUGCCACCCUCCACUUCUCAGACCCCAGGCCGUGGGAGCCCCAGGAGCCCCAGGAUACCUAUUCAGAUUACGCAGACAUCAAGUUCCAUUGAGGGUCUCCAGGGCGGGAGCUGCAGGGCGGGGAUCCAGGGUAAGCAGAAUGGAGAGGGUGAGGAGAAUAGCAGCCAGUCUCUCUCUCUCUUUAAAGAAAAUUAAACUAUCUCUUUGUGAGGUGAGCAAGCUAACCUCAGAGGUUAAGUCCUACUGGCUUGCUACCUAUUUUUGAGCAUAGUGUUUUUUUACACUUUAAAUGGUUGGGGAGGGACACCCUGCUGCCUCAUUCAGAAGAGCUUGUGACUGGAUCUCCCUGUCCUGAAUUCGAGCCCCAUGUUGAGUGCAGAGAUUAUUAAAAGAAUAAUAAUAGUAAUAAACUUAAAGAAAAUAAGUGGUUGGUGGGAAUAUCAAAAGAAGAAAAAUAUUUUGUGAUAUGUGCAAAUGAUAUGAAAUUCAAAUUUCA